AUGAUCGUGUCCGGCGGUGUCAACAUUUACCCGAUCGAGACCGAAGAGCUGAUGCACGGCAACCGCAUGAUUGAGGAUGUUGCCGUGUUCGGGGUGCCCGACAGCGAGUGCGGUGAACGAGCCCACGCGUGCGUCAAGUUGGUAUAUGGGGCUUCCGAGACGGCCAAGUCCAUCCUGGAUUGGUGCGACGGCAAGAUUGCCAAGUAUAAGCUGCCCAGGGAGGCCGACGUGAGCUUCCGCGCCGACGAUUUCCCGCGCUCCGACGCCGGUAAGCUCCGGAAGAAGGAGCUCAAGCAAAUGAUCGUCAACAGACCCAAGAGCAAACUCUGA